AUGUCCUCAGGUGUUAGAGGACAUGAAGCAGUAUCAAAAUAUUAUAUAGAUUGUUUAGAGAAAUGGUUUCAAUCAAAUGUUUGUGGAUUUCUUAAUACUAUUCUGAAUAUUCAAGAUAAAAAUGCAUUGUGUAUUGCUGCAAGAGUAGGGAAUAAUGAAUUGGCUGAGAAAUUGGUCAUUAUGGGUGCAAAUGCUGAUAUUCAAAAUAAGCUUGGAUUGAAACCUUCUGAUUUUGUUUUUAGUCAACAAGAUGGUGAUGAUGAAAGCAUUGAUUUCUUUACUCAACCAUUUACAUCAUUUGUUAAUAAUCAUAGAAAAUCUAGAGAGGUUGUUUUAGCAUUACAAAAACUUGUGGAAGAUGCAGAGAAUGAAUGGGUGGUACAGCUUAGAGCUAAAGAGGAUGAAUUAUUUAAUGCUCAAAGUAGAUUUAAUGAUUUGACAAGACAAUUUAUUGAUUUGAAGUGA